AUGGCUGGUGGCGGCGGUCCUUCAUCAGGCACAGUGGAGCCCCCUCUGAGCCAAGCCUACGGUUAUGGCAUCGUCGUGGGCCUUGGGUUUCUCUUUGCCCUGGGCAUGAUUCUCACAACGUGGGUUCUCAAGAGAUAUAACAAUGAGAAGCAAACUUCGGAAAUGUUCAACACUGCCGGCCGAACGGUCAAAUCUGGGCUUGUGGCAUCAGCUGUGGUUUCUAGCUGGACCUGGGCUGCUACUUUGCUUCAGUCAUCUGGUGUUGCAUACCGAUAUGGAGUCUCUGGGCCUUUCUGGUAUGCCUCAGGUGCCACUGUUCAGAUCAUUCUGUUCGCGACAAUUGCCAUUGAACUGAAGAGAAGAGCACCAAAUGCGCAUACCUUCCUCGAAGUCAUUCGGGCUCGAUAUGGUCGUAUUACCCACUGCGUGUACAUCUGCUUCGGCCUCUUCACCAACAUUUUGGUGACGGCAAUGCUUUUGACUGGUGGCUCUGCUGUGGUCACUUCGCUUACUGGCAUGCAUACUGCUGCGGCGUGUUUCUUGCUGCCGUUGGGUGUUGUUUUGUACACCAUGUUUGGAGGUAUCAAGGCCACCUUUUUGACAGACUACGUCCACACUGUCAUCAUUCUCGUGAUCAUUCUCAUCUUCGCACUCACAGCCUAUGCAACCGGUAGUGAGCUUGGUUCUCCCGGUGAAGUUUACGAGGCACUUACCAAGGCUGCGGCUUCGCACCCCGUCGAAGGAAACGCCGAAGGUUCAUACCUCACCAUGCGAUCUCGCGAGGGCAUCAUCUUCUUCGUCAUCAACAUCGUCGGUAACUUUGGUACCGUUUUCAUGGACAACGGAUACUACAACAAGGCCAUCGCCGCCCACCCUGUCGCCGCGCUUCCUGGAUAUAUCAUCGGUGGUCUUUCCUGGUUCGCCAUUCCCUGGCUCUGUGCGACUACCAUGGGGCUCAGCGCUUUGGCUCUCGAGACUAGUCCAUCGUUUCCGACAUAUCCCAACAGAAUGGACCCUGCCGAUGUCUCGGCUGGUCUUGUUCUGCCGUACGCUGCUGUUGGUCUGCUGGGCAAGUCCGGUGCGAUUUGCACGCUGAUCAUGAUCUUCAUGGCGGUCACAUCUGCUACUUCGGCGCAGCUCAUCUCCGUCUCUUCGAUCUUUACCUACGAUGUUUACCAAACAUAUGUCAACCCCAAAGCCUCCGGCAACCGUCUCAUCGCUAUCUCGCACACAACAGUCGUUUUGUACGGUCUCAUCAUGGCCAGUUUCAGUGUUGGCCUUCAUUACGCUGGUAUCAGCAUGGGCUGGCUCUACCUUUGGAUGGGUGUGAUGAUUUCUGCCGCUGUCAUCCCAGCGACUCUAACCCUUCUCUGGAAGCGACAAAACUGGAUCGCGGCUGCAUUCUCACCCGUCCUUGGCCUCUUUUGUGCCCUUAUCGCCUGGACUGUUACUUGUGCAAAGGAGUUCAAUGGUGUGCUGAGUGUUGACAACCUUGGCACUAACAACCCCAUGCUUGCAGGUAAUGUUGUCGCACUUUUGAGUCCUCUCAUCUUUGUGCCACUUUUCACAUUCGGAUUUGGCUCUGACAGCUACGACUGGGCGUCUAUGGCGGCUAUCAAGCAGGCCGAUGACAUUAGCGACUCAAAUGGAGACUCGGAGACAGCUGUUGUAACCAGCUUUGCUGUGGCUCCUGAGGAGGACAUGGCAAAGUUGAACAGAGCGUCCAAGAUUGCAAAGACACUGACGGUCUGCAUGACACUGGCUCUUCUCGUUCUUUGGCCGAUGCCCAUGUACGGUUCAUCUUAUGUCUUCUCAAAACAGUUCUUCACUGGCUGGGUCACGGUCGGGAUUCUUUGGCUGUGCUGCAGUUCCAUUGCAGUCGGUCUCUUCCCUCUUUGGGAGGGUCGACACAGCCUUAUCCGCGUCACGAAGGGUAUGCUUGGGAUGAGCAAAUCGGAUACAACGGAAGAGAUCCAAGGAAAGGUCGUUGGUGAAGAAAAGAUUGAUGAGUUUGAGAAGCAGUAG